UCCUCUACUUGUGCUCUGGUUCUUCUACACUAAUCUUGAAAACCAGUUAAAUGCUGCAUUUGUCUCGAAAGCUAGAGCUAUGUCGCCAUGUCAAUCCAUCUCUACUCGUUCCUUCGUUCCAAUUCUCAUUUUCCAUCAUCACCAACAAAAGAGCAGCCGAACAGAGCUGUUUAUCUCUUCUCCAGGAUUGCAAUUCCACCUCCAAAAUCUCCCAAAUUCAUAAUCGUAUUCUCAAACUAGGUCUCCAUAACAACGUCUUAGUCCUCACCAAGUUCACCUCCACUUGCUCCGACCUUAACGCCGUCGACUACGCCACAAGUUUCCUUUUCCCCCCAAACGCCGAUUCAUCCACUUACGACGCGUUUCUCUUCAACACCAUCAUCAGAGCUUAUUCUCAAACCGGCGAUUCGAAAACGAGGUCAGUUUACUAUUUUAAACUCAUGCUCGACUGCGGAAUCCUCCCCAACAAAUUUACAUUCCCAUUUGUACUUAAAGCUUGUGCGGGAAUUGGUUUCAUGAAUCUAGGGUUACAGGUUCAUGGAUUAGUUUUGAAACUUGGGUUUGAUCAUGACCUUCAUGUAGGAAACACAUUGAUUCAUAUGUAUUGUUGUGUAAGAGAUGUUGAGUAUGCUUGUAAGGUGUUCGACGAAAUGCCUAAGUCGGAUUCUGUUACAUGGACUGCAAUGAUAAGUGGAUAUACUCGGUUAGGCAUGUCAUCUGAUGCAGUUGAGUUGUUUAGGAAAAUGCAGAUUUUUAAGAUUCGCCCAGAUGAAAUAACCAUGAUCUCUGUCUUGUCUGCUUGUACUGAUUUAGGUGCACUCGAACUUGGGAAGUGGGUGGAAUCGUAUAUUGAGAAAGAAAACAUUCCUAGAACCGUGGAACUAUGUAAUGCGUCGAUCGAUAUGUUUUCAAAAACGGGCGAUAUUAACAGGGCAAUGAAACUAUUUCGGGGUAUGAGUAAAAGGACGAUAGUUUCUUGGACUUCUAUGAUUUCUGGCUUGGCUAAUAAUGGUCAAGGUUCGGAAGCUAUUUCAAUGUUUGAAGAAAUGAAAGAGGCGGGUAUUGCUCCUGAUGAUGUCGCAUUCAUAGGUAUACUAACUGCUUGUAGCCAUUCUGGUCUAGUCGAGGAAGGUAGGAAAUGGUUUGAUUCGAUAAGAAAUGAAUAUUCAUUUGAACCGAAAAUUGAGCAUUAUGGAUGUAUGGUUGAUCUAUUCUGCAGAGCUGGACUUAUAGAAGAGGCAGAACAGUUUGUGAAGAAGAUGCCUUUUAAGCCAAAUUCGAUAAUAUUGCGGACGCUUAUUACAGGUUGUCGUGUUCAUGGAAAGUUCAGGCUUGGGGAAAGCAUUACGAAAGAGUUAAUCAGAAUCGAGCCUAUGCAGGAAUCGAAUUACGUAUUGCUGUCGAGUAUUUACGCGAAAACAAUGUCUUGGGAGAAUAAAACUUUGAUUAGGGAAGCGAUGGAUAAGAAAGGAAUUAGGAAAGUACCGGGAAGUACUAUGAUUGAGAUUGAUAAUCGUAUUUACGAAUUUGUUUCGGGCGAUAAGUCGCAUUAUGAGAGUGAUGAAAUAUAUAAAAUGCUGGACGAGAUGGGAAGGGAGAUGAAGAGAGCUGGGUAUGUUUCGAUUACAUCUGAGGUUCUUCUCGAUAUCGACGAUGAAGAUAAAGAAGAUGCUUUGAAUAGACAUGGAGAAAAAUUGGCUAUUGCUUUUGCUCUUUUAAAGACGCCUUAUGGAACCCCUAUUCGUGUUGUUAAGAAUUUGCGGGUGUGUUUCGAUUGCCAUUCCGCUAUAAAAUUCAUAUCCAAGGUGUAUAACCGCCAAAUAACAAUGCGAGAUAGAAACAGGUUUCACCAUUUUACAAAUGGAAUUUGUUCUUGCAAAGAUUUCUGGUGAUGAUCAACUUUAGGUUUUGUCUUUCGAUCUCGGCUUUAACCUGAAUUAGGUUAUUCACGGAGCUCCGAUGUCUUGUCUUUUGGGCGCUUUUGAUUCGGGGGAGCAUUUUGGAGGUUUUACAGGUAUUUAUGACAUAUCUCAUUGUUUGAACACAACUUAUUAUUUAAUCUAAACGAUGAGGUACUUCGAAUUUUUUUUUGUGACCCGGAUUUAUUAACUGAGGUGGCUAGCAUGAAUCAAACUAACCUAGUGGGUUAAAAUUCAAAAUUUAAGUUGCAACCAAGGCACCUAGGCCUGAAUUGAUCUUGAAUUAUUUCAGAAAUAACCUUAUUUGAUGUAGGUUAUACAAAAAUAAUGAGUUUUUUUUAGGUAAAAAGACAUUAGUUAGAAAUAACCUUGUUUGAUUAAAUAUGUAUUUGAUGAGUAUAUUAUUGAUUGGAUAAUGAGUUAUUUGAAAUUAACCUACAAUAAAUCAGACCUAAUUAUUUAGAUUUAGUUCAAAUUAAGUUACAAUAACAGGAUAAUAAGAGAGGGUAAAAACAACUUUUAACCUCUGAAAGUUGAUUAAAUUAUGUAAUUGUAAGGGUAUAAUAGUCUUUUACAUAUUUUUCUAGUGACAUAAAAUUAAACAUUUGACUAUUAACAAAGAAAUAUGGAAGGCUUGGGCAAUAUUUCCUAUAAUAGGGAGUUGCAUGUAAGCCACAAAAGGAAAAAUGACAUGGUUUUGCUUGCCACCCAUUUGGCAUUUCCCAGUUUCAUUUCAAGCAAAA